GGGGCAUUCUUUUGGACGCGGUCACAGGCGUCUCCGUGACGCGGAACGAGUUAGAGCGUCCUGUAGGGUUUCCAUGGUGUCGCCCUAGGUCCCUAGUUCCUCCAGUGUGAACGCCUUGAACAAGAAAGCAGGCGGCGGGUCCCGCCCGUGACGUAGACGCCGCUUGGAGGAGGGGUUAGGACAGCAGGUGACACUCUAGGCGAGUUCGUUCGUAUCUCUAUGGCACCGAGCGCCGGCGUGCGCCACUCGGGAGCAUCCGGGCGAACGUUGCCCCUUUAAUCGGUGGAGGGCUGUGCCGAGGCGGUCCCGCGAGAGCGGGGGGCGGUGCCGAGGCUGGGGGCCCGUGGCGGAUGGAGCCGGAGAUGGAGCCGGAGACUCUGGAGGCACGAAUCAACAGAGCCACGAACCCCCUGAACAAGGAGCUGAACUGGGCCAGCAUCAACGGCUUCUGCGAGCAGCUCAACGAGGACUUGGAGGGGCCUCCACUUGCCACCCGGCUACUGGCCCACAAGAUCCAGUCCCCGCAGGAGUGGGAGGCGAUCCAGGCCCUGACGGUGCUGGAAACAUGCAUGAAGAACUGCGGCAAGAGGUUCCACGAUGAGGUGGGCAAGUUCCGCUUUCUCAAUGAGCUCAUCAAGGUCGUGUCUCCCAAGUACCAGGGCUCUCGGACGUCAGAGAAGGUGAAGAACAAGAUCUUAGAGCUCCUCUACAGCUGGACGGUCGGCCUGCCCGAGGAGGCGAAGAUUGCAGAGGCCUACCAGAUGCUCAAGAAGCAGGGGAUAGUGAAGUCCGACCCCAAGCUUCCGGAUGAUGCCGUCUUUCCCCUUCCUCCUCCUCGGCCCAAGAAUGUGAUCUUCGAAGAUGAGGAGAAAUCCAAGAUGCUGGCCCGCCUGCUGAAGAGCUCCCACCCCGAGGACCUCCGAGCGGCCAACAAACUCAUCAAGGAGAUGGUGCAGGAGGACCAGAAGCGGAUGGAGAAGAUCUCGAAGCGGGUGAGCGCCAUUGAGGAAGUGAACAACAACGUGAAGCUGCUGACGGAGAUGGUGAUGAGCCACAGCCAGGGCGGCGCUGCAGCCCGCAGCAGUGAGGACCUGAUGAAGGAACUGUACCAGCGCUGCGAGCGGAUGAGGCCCACACUCUUCCGACUGGCCAGUGACACAGAGGACAAUGACGAGGCCUUAGCGGAGAUCCUGCAGGCCAACGACAGCCUCACACAGGUGAUCAACCUGUACAAGCAGCUGGUGCGGGGCGAGGAGGUCAACGGAGAGGCUGCUGCCGGCUCCAUCCCCGGCAGCACCUCGGCCCUGCUGGACCUCUCGGGCCUGGAUCUCCCUCCCACGGGCACCGCCUCCCCUGCCAGGCCCUCCUGCCCCGGGGACCAGGCCAGCCCCGAGCAGCCCAGCGCCUCCGUCUCCCUGCUUGAUGAUGAGCUCAUGUCUCUGGGCCUCAGUGACCCCACACCCCCUCCAGGCCCAAGCUGGGACGGAGCUGGAUGGAACAGCUUCCAGUCAUCCGACAGCGCCGAGCCCCCGGCCCCCGCCCCGGCACCCAGCGCAGACAGCUGGUCCCCCGUGAAGGCGCCCCUGCCGGUGAGCAGUGGUCUGGACGACCUGGACCUCCUGGGGAAGACCCUGCUGCAGCAGUCGCUGCCCCCGGAGUUCCAGCAAGUGCGGUGGGAGAAGCAGCAGCCAGCCCCCCGGCUCACGCUCCGGGACCUGCAGAAUAAAAGCAGCUGCAGCUCGCCCAGCUCCAGUGCCGCCGGCCUCCACACCGGGUCCCCCGAGCCCCCCGGGCCCCUGCAGCAGCCCGCACAGACCGAGCUCUCGCUGGCCAGCGUCACUGUGCCCCUGGAGUCCAUCAAACCCAGCAGCAUCUUGCCGGUGACCGUGUAUGACCAGCAUGGCUUCCGGGUCCUCUUCCACUUCGCUCGUGACCCGCUGCCCGGGCGCUCCGACGUGCUGGUGGUGGUGGUUUCCAUGCUGAGCACCGCCCCCCAGCCCAUCCGCAACAUCGUGUUCCAGUCAGCUGUCCCCAAGGUCAUGAAGGUGAAGCUGCAGCCGCCCUCGGGCACGGAGCUGCCUGCGUUCAACCCCAUCGUGCACCCCUCGGCUAUCACCCAGGUCCUGCUCCUCGCCAACCCCCAGAAGGAGAAGGUUCGCCUCCGCUACAAGCUCCUCUUCACCAUGGGCGACCAGACCUACAACGAGAUGGGGGAUGUGGACCAGUUCCCCCCACCCGAGACCUGGGGGAGCCUCUAGAACAGGGAGGGGAGGGGAGAGCAGGAGGGGACAACAGGACUGGCCACUGGCUAGCCUGCGUGGGAGGCAGUGGUGGCCCAGGACACCCUUUGUCCCUGUGGCCAUAGCCCCUCUGCCCGGUGCUUCUCCCCUCUCCCGCGUGGCCCCCUCCUCCUCUAACCCCCUCUGCUGAGCCAAACCCAGCGGGAGGCUGGGCCUGGGUUUGCACUACUGGGGACUUCACUGCAGGCGGGGCCUGGGGCCGGGCAGGGCUGCGAGGCCCUGGAAGGACUUGGGGUCUCGGGAGGAAGCAUGGCUGCAGGGCGGGGGCCAGGACCUCAGGCCCAGCCCCAACCCCAGCCUGGGGUGGGGUCAUCCCCGCCUGUCCUUAUGCCUUAUGGGAAGGCCCAGCCAUAACUUGGGGCCAUGCUGGAGCCAGGGACCAGCUCAGGCCUCCUCUGCAGGAACUGGGUGACUGCGGGGGUGGCGCCUGCACCCCCAGCUGUUUGCACUCUUGGUGUGUGGUUUGACUCUCAGCUCUUCCUUCUGGUUGGCCCUGGGGUUGCCGUCUCAGGGGGCCCAGUUGGGGGAUCCCCACUGGCCUCUAGGGGUCCCCCUCUACCUGGGCCUCUUUGCUGUCAGGCCUCCUGAGGAGCCAUGGGGACUCGGUGGCUGCUGGUCCGAGGGCAGUGCCAGGGGCAGGGGCCCCAGCUGGGGGCCGUGGGGCCUCUGGCUGAGGCAGGGCCUGCACUGGCCGCCUCAGCGUCUCCUCCGUCCAUCUGCCUCCUGCGGGCGUCCCGUCUCCAGGCGGCCAUCUGUCGUGGGCAGAUGUGGGGUCAGUGUGUGAGUGUGAGCAGGAGUAUUUAUGGAAAUAAAACGUCCUUUUCCUGGA